GCGCGUGUGCGCGCGCACGCACACACACACACACACACACACACACACACAACCCUUUGAAAUGACUGGAAAUGCCUUCCCAACCAGGGAGAGUAAUGCUGGUCUCUGCCUGGUAGGAUUUUUGUGAAGAUCCAAUGAGCUGAGAUACAUAAAGGGCUUUCCAAACUUUAAAGUACUUUGUAAAUGUCACCUGUCAUCAUGGGGAGAGGAAUGGGACAAAGAGAGAAGUGUGGGUGGUUGGGACUUGAGUCUGUCAGAUGGGGUGACAGUGCAUGAAUGUCUGAAGGCCUUGAGGGGCAGGUUGGACCUUUGGAAGGAAAGUUAAGAUUUGGGGAUGCCGUGAUCUGUAGAGUUUGGGGAAUAGGAUUUGAGUGUAUGUGCUUGUCAGGGGCAGAGGUUUUGAGGAUCUUGUGGAGACUGGGAAAGCAGUUGUCUGACCCAGGGUUUUGGAGGCCCUUCUUUGAGGCGACCCUAAGGUUUGCAAGCAUAAUCUGGAAGCCUGAUCCAGCUUUGGCCAGCUAUGCUGACGAGUGGUUCCAGGGAACUUGUUUUUACUGAGGAGUCCUGGAUGGUGCUCUGCCUUUUUCCAGAACAGAUGGCGGCUACAAGGGAACUUGUGACCCCUGGCGACUCGGCAGCGGGAAAUGGGCAGCGGAGUCACCUGGGCAUCCCUGAAGCAGUGUUCGUGGAAGAUGUUGAUGCGUUUAUGAAACAGCCUGGAAAUGAGUCUGUGGAUAUCGUACUCAAGAAAUUGGACGAGCAGUAUCAGAAGUACAAGUUUAUGGAACUUAACCUUGCCCAGAAGAAAAGGAGGCUAAAAAAUCAGAUUCCUGAAAUCCGACAGACAUUACACAUUUUAAAAUACAUGCAGAAGAAGAAAGAAUCCCCAAAGCCCCUGGAGACCAGAUUCUUGUUGGCCGAUAACCUUUACUGCAAGGCUUCUGUUCCUCCCACAGAUAAAGUCUGUCUGUGGUUGGGUGCCAAUGUGAUGCUCGAGUAUGAUAUCGAUGAAGCCCAGUUGCUGCUGGAGAAGAACCACUCUAUGGCUACCAGCAACCUGGAGUCUCUUGAAGAAGACCUGGACUUUCUGCGGGAUCAGUUCACAACCACAGAAGUCAAUAUGGCCCGAGUAUACAACUGGGAUGUAAAGAGAAGAAACCGGGACGAGCCCCCCAAAGCUGUAGUGGCAUAGUGCCCUCACCCUUUGUCCUGGGCCUCCGCUUUCCCAACAGGCUUGGCCUUUGGAGGGCUGAAUUUUGACUCGGGUGUAAUUGCCCUUUAAACAAAAAAGGACAUUAAGAUUGAAGGCAAUGAUGAGCACACAUAUUAUUCAUAAAGAUAAAAUUUAGUCUCAUUUGUACGUCAUGAAAUUUGAUUAUAAUUGAUCAACCAAUGACACACAGGAUUUGGACUCAGUUAUCUUCACUCUUCCAGUCUGACAUUCCAGAUCUCUGACUAAAGUAAAGCUGAAAUUUGCCUCCAGCAAAACUGCAUGGGUGAAAUUGUUCCCCCAGACACUCAAGGGGACCUUAUUCUGUAUUUAUUAUUGUUUAGAGAGAAGAAAAAUGUACAGUUCCCAUUUUACACCUGUUGUUCUUUGUUAAAGCAGUCAAUUGUAAGUUUAUUUAAUGGUUCACAAGUCGAUUUUUUUCUCUCAUGUAAAUUUGGUUAAUUACUGGUCAAUCUGUUUUGUACUUUUUUUGUGAAAUAAUUUAUCUGCCUUUAUAACUAAGAAGUGGAAUAUAUUUGAACAGCAGCAAGGCUUGUUGAGGCUGCACGGUCUUUGCCCAAAUUCUUUCCAGAGCUUCCUGUUAAUUAAAAUGAAAACUGAAUGGCUAUUGCUUUUAUGUAGUAAUUAAGUAAUACACUGAAAAUCUCUUGGCUUAAGCUAUGGUGAAUAGCCUAACAGUUCACUAGAGCAACUUAAGAGGGGAAACUAAUUUCGAUGUUGAUUUCUUUACAAGAAAGGACGGAUAGAAGGUGUCCUGAAUUAAAAGACAAAACUUUACUUAGGAUUAUAAAACAGUUGUAGUGAAACAAAUAGUUUGCGCCUCUGCUGCUGAGUGAUGCAGAGUUUGCUAGAAAUAGAAAUGUAUUCUUCUGCUUUCCAGUAGUAAAUGGUACAUUUGUGAAGCUUGUAUGCUUUUAUUUCAUGAUAUUAAAACAGUGAAAUUAAAC